AUGGCGCGGUACGCUUUGUUUUGCCUAAUAUUGCACAAAAAGCAAUGGAAACAGCAAGAAGCUUUGGUCAAACUCAAUCAGCACGCCGGCACAAAAUCUGUGGAUGAAGGUCAAUCUCUCAUUAUCACCGUUUCCUCGGAUCGUGGUCUAUGUGGUGGUAUACACAGCAGUGUCGCCAAAGCAUCACGUAAAUUCAUCGAAGAAAAACCAGAGAGUGGAGUAAUCGUACUCGGCGACAAAGCUAAAGGCCAAAUAUCACGUACUCAUCGUGAAAAUAUAAAGUUGUCAUUCAAUCAAAUCGGGAAAAGUAUACCGACUUAUGCGGAAGCAUCAGCCAUUGCCGAUAUAAUUAUCAAAGAAAAAAUUCCAUUCGAUCAGGCGAUUAUCGUUUACAAUCAUUUCAAGUCAGUGAUUGCGUACGAGGCGCAGAUUAUUCCUGCUUUUUCAGAGGAGAUUUUCGUAAAGUCUGGCAACUUUGCUGCAUACGAAAUUCAAGAUGACGUUUUAGCAAAUCUUCAAGAAUUUGCGUUAGCAAAUUCCCUUUAUUGGGGACUAGUCGAAGGUCACGCAGCAGAAAUGUCAUCGAAACGUACUGCAAUGGAGAACGCGACAAAGAAUGCUGGAGAAAUGAUUGAUAAACUCACGCUUACUUAUAAUCGUGGACGACAAGCAGCAAUUACUAAUGAAUUGGUCGAUAUUAUUACGGGUGCUUCAGCUCUUUGA